CGUCAGUCGUUGGAGGAACUGUGCUGGAUAUCAGUGUUCUUAUAUUAGAAAGGAUACUGUUUGUUUUUUUUUUCCUUUCUUUUUCCGUGCUUUUGAGGAAUAAAAAGUGGAAGUAGAAGGUUUUGACACUAUUCUGUGUCGUUUUGUUGUCAUCGAGAUGAAAAAACGCGGAAUAAAGCAUCCAAAGUGGCUGAAGGACUGAAUUGCCUCCUGCUCUCACUCCACCACACACUGGCACAUAGGGAAGCUGAGUGGCAAUGGCCAAGUGGUUAAAAGACUAUCUGAGUUUUGGCAAGAAGGUGCCUCCACAGCCUCCCACACCAGACUACACAGAGAGUGAGAUCCUCAAAGCCUAUCGGCUCCAGAGGGACCUUGAUUUUGAAGAUCCCUAUGAGGACUCAGAAAAUAGAUCCAGAGGGGAGUCUGGAACUUCUGAACCUGCAACACCGGUCUAUGGGUCACCCAUGAAAUCAUCCAGUGUGGACAUAAAGUCUCCUAAACACAGACUGAUCAAAGUGGACUCCCAGGAAUUGGGGCGCACCAAGAUCCUACUAAGCACCAUCUCUUUAGAGGACCAACAAGAGCCUGUGGUGCCAUCCGCUCCACUGGCUGGAGAGACAGAUUAUUCAGACCCAUUUGAUGCUCGAUUGAACCAUCGACCAGACCCAGAUCUUCGACCUGUUCCCUGUGAGAACAAUGGCUAUAUGGAACCAUAUGAGGCCCAAAGAGUCAUAACAGAGCUGCAGCGUAACCCAGGAGGAGGACGGGCACGUGGAGGGGUGCAGCUCUAUGACACCCCUUAUGAAGAUGUUCGAGGCCAGUGCUUGGGUUUGAUGUAUGGAGAAGCUCAGGAAGAGGGAAAAGAGAGCAGCAGGCUGCCGCAAGAUGAUGAGAGACCGGCCGAUGAAUAUGACCAACCCUGGGAAUGGAAAAAGGACAACAUCUCUAAAGCUUUUGCAGAAAUGAGGGAGUUGUCGGAGUUGCCCUGGCCUGCCCCUGUGGGUCAGCUGGAGGAGGAGCACCCCACCAAAGAACAAGUGCAGUUUGAUAACACAGAAUGGGAUCGCUCCUCAUCACCCACAGAGCGGUUGCGUCCUCCGGGGCCCAGGUCCAGCCCACUGGGAGGAGGGGGAAUGAAGUUUCGAAUGCCACACGAAAGCCUCACAAUGAUGGGGGAGAGAGUGGACCCUACUCUGCCACUGGAAAAGCAGGUGUGGUACCACGGUUCGCUGUCACGUUCUGAGGCAGAGUCGCUGCUUACACUGUGUAAAGAGUGUAGCUACCUGGUGAGGAACAGUCAGACCAACCGCUUAGACUACUCCCUCUCCCUUCGGAGCUGUCAGGGUUUCAUGCACAUGAAGUUCACCCAGUGUAAAGAUGGCAAGUACGUGCUGGGACAGAACAGCCCGCCCUUUGACACCAUCCCAGAGCUCAUCCAUUUUUACACCACCCACAAACUCCCAAUCAGAGGCGCUGAGCACCUGUCCUUGCUGUUCCCAGUGCUGGUGCAGACACUCUGACUGCCCUGGACACUCUUUCAGUUAUCAGACACUUUAAACAUGAAUGUUUGACUGGAUCUGCUCAGUGGAGUGACAGUGUUCUCUUCUAUUUUGACUGAAAUACUUUUGAUGAGUCAGCACAUGAGGAGCUUGUGCCCUUAACCACCACUGCUGUUGUACCCGUGCCAAGCUGGAACAUCUGGGGGAUCGACUCACAUGAAAUGCAGUGCCUGAACUUUAGGCAACUUCGCUCAUCUCACCCAUGGGGCUGACUUAAGGACAUUGAAAAAAUGUAUUUUGUUGCAUUUCUUUCACAGCUGACAGAUAUCCAGCGGGUGUUAGCAGAGCUGCAGAGAGGAGAAAGUGUGUAUUCUGAAUGUACUGAUGCUCCAGUUUACUGAAGACCAGCAGAAGACUGAGAUUAAAUUAUUGCUGUUCUACAUUAACACCUCAUUGACACUGGUAAAAUAUUGCUGUUGUUAGGUGAAAACCUUGCAAUCCACAUUGUGCUGAUUUAAAAAAAAUUUUUUUUUUAUGUUUAUACCAGAAUCAGUCAGUUAAAUUGUACUGUAUAAAAUUUCAUCCUCAGACUUGGGAAACCCUUUUGUAAACAUUGAAAAAUCCAUCUUGCAAAUAUGCUAUUUUCACAUAUAAAAGGUUUUUACCAGCAGCAGCAGUUAUAUUUCAAAAGCUUUCCUACACAAAGCCCUGCCUGUUUAUUUCCAUCCAGUCAGUUCUGUAUGAUUUGCUAUCGAUUUGCUUGACGCAUCUGUGUUACGUGUUGAUUGUUCAUCAUAAGCAAAAGAGAAGCUGUACUUGUGUACUUGUGUUGACCUUACUGACCUUUAUCUCUUGUUGCUUGCAUUUGAUAGUCAAUACUGGGUUUGUUAAAAGCAGCCUGUCACUGCAGCUAUUGUCUCUUUACUAACUUACAGAUAAGCCUGGAAGCUGAGGAGAACAUUCAUAUAAAGACAGAGAUGCUAAUCAAAUAUUGAACACCCAAGCGAACUCCCAGAUUAUUAUGAACAUUGGUCUAUUGUAUGUCAUAUAGAAUGGAGUCCCAUGUCUGCUGUCUGGUAACAGCAUUGUGUGGUUAAAAACUGAUUUUAGGAAAGAGACCAUUUCUACCAAACACAUUUCGAACAAUUCAAGAGGACAAUUAAUUUAAAUCAUUGUUUCUUAAGGCUAUAUACAUAAAAAUAAAAGGAGAAAAAAUAGAGUAAAAGAUGUCAGGUUGCACUCUAUACCUUUGGUGUUGAAUCUUACCUAAGUGUUUCUAAGGAAUUUUCUUGUAUAUUUUUAAUCAGGAUUAGUGGUUCCUCACCUGGGGAAGAAAUGUUUAA